GGCGCAGGCGCGCUGCGCUGUGUAGCGGAUCCGAAGGCAGCCGUGCCAACCUCCCGGGCGGGGCUGGAAUCCCCCAGGCCCCGCCCCCGAACCUCCAGGGAUUUCCCAGCCCAGAGGUGGCAACCGCCUUCCGGCCGGGGACUCUGCUUCCCAGGUGGCCCCAACAGGAACCCCUAAGGCUGGGCAAGGUGAGCUGGCAAGCCAACAACACUCGGUUCCAACUGGUCUGCGGGAACUGACUUCAUCUAAGAAGUUGAGUGACCCUCCGUUCCCUUCCCCUGUCCUUGCUGAAGACGGCACAGAACCACCCCAUGUUGGUGGAGCUGAAAAAUGGUGAGACUUACAAUGGUCACCUGGUGAGUUGUGACAACUGGAUGAACAUCAACCUACGAGAAGUCAUCUGUACCUCCAGGGAUGGAGACAAGUUCUGGAGGAUGCCUGAGUGCUACAUCCGAGGCAGCACCAUCAAGUACUUGCGCAUCCCAGACGAGAUCAUCGACAUGGUGAAAGAGGAAGUGGUGUCAAAAGGUCGUGGCCGUGGCGGGAUGCAGCAGCAGAAGCAACAGAAGGGGCGUGGGAUUGGCAGUGCAGGACGAGGGGUGUUUGGAGGCCGUGGCCGAGGCGGAAUCCCUGGGAGUGGCCGAGGGCAACAAGAGAAGAAGCCAGGGAGGCAGCCAGCAAAGCAGUGAAAGAACUCAUUUUUGGAGACUGCAUUGGAUUCCCGUACCAUGUGUUUUUGAGAGGCAGAGAUACUGUCUCCUGUUGUUUCCCCACAAAAUACAUUCUAGCAUCUUUGGUUUUUUCCUUUUUGCGGAGGUCCAGAAGUGACAGCUGAUUACUCCCCCCCACCACCACCACUAGGUUUUUGUUAGUGGUUUUAGACAGAGUUUGUAAUUAGAACUAAUUCCUGGGGGUAUUGUGGAUCAUUUCUUUUUACCAUCCUCCUAAAAUUCGCUUCAAAUUCCUGCCAUUUGGUUCUAGAGUGAUUUUAUUUCAAGCCUUGUUUGAGUUGAAUUUCGACAUUUUAGUCUUUUCAGGGACAAUUUCUUUUUUUUCCUCUUUUGAGAUAGCUUUGGUACAAAAAGAGGUUAAUAUGUUUCUUUGAGAUACAUGGAAAUGAAAAGGGUUGCCAUAUUUACACGAACAGCUUGGCUUCUCCCAUCUGCAAAAUAGACAUAAACAAAAUGAUUGCUUUUUGUUGUUGUUGAGGGGUGUUGGCCCUGCCCCAUGAAGGCCAUUUGUGACUUGCUCACCAUUGCACAAAAAAGCAACAAGGCCAGUGAGUGGAAGCGCCAGAGUGGAGUUUGGGGCUCUUGCUAGAUAGAAUUUUUCCCCUCAUUUCAGAGAAUGGGCAAAGGCAUCUGCUUUUAAUGAAGUCGGAUUGACAAACACAUCUUUUCCCUUUGAACACUUUUGUGUCUGUCAUCUAACAAUGCUGGCUUCCUGCUGGCAAGACAUCAUUAGCAAAAGUGUCAGGAUCAGACCUUUUCGUGUCAGGUUUUGUCUGUUACCCCCCCCCCCCCUUCAGCACUCAGAAUUACCUUCCAGUGUUGGGGAUGCUCUGCUGUCGGACACGGGUUAGGCCCCCAUAGGGAAGAGCCUUGUCCCGCCAGCUCGAGCUUUCUUGGAGACUCUUAAGUGGCCAGUCUCAGUGUGUGGACCUGGGCCUGGAAUCCAGCUCUGGCACCUCUUUCCCCCCCCCCCCCCAUUUCCCUUUCCCCAUCCCAGAUGUGGGAUAAGUGGAAUGUUAGAGGCACAGAGGGGGUCUCCGGGGUGAGGCAAAAAUCCCAUGAUGGGGUUUUCUGAAAAGACAGGGUAAAAUCAGGUUAUUCCCCCCCCCCCCGCCAUCAAAAAUGGCAUCUCAGCUGUACAGGUGUCGCAGUAUCAUUUGCCUUUGGCCAGUGUGUGAUAAACGAGCUUCUACAUUCAUGCUGUCUGUAAAAAUAGAUCUUUUUGUUACUUGGUUGCUGAAGCCACUGGGAGUGAAAUAAACUUUGUUACACAAUCUGUCAGAAA